GAGAAGUAGCAAAUGCUGAUCCUAGCCUACUUAGUAAUCCCUUCAUCCUCCUCCCACACUGCAGUGUCGAAUACCACAUCCAGUGUUUAAUAAAAAAGUAUUUUAUGUAUAUCAGUAGCUAUCCAACCAGUGAAUGCACACAGUCUUUUUCAAAGUUUUCUUCUGUCAGCUGCUUAUGAAAGCCAAGGCCACAGCUGCACUCUGAGGAGAAAUACUUUCCAUGUUGCCAGCCUUCUACAAAUAAAGCAAGGGAACACGGAGCAUCAAGACUUCUGCAUAGGUUUCCAUUUUGGCUAAUUCCAAUUGCUGUUUGAUCUUCUAAUGAAACGUGCAUCUCUGCUUGACACAUUCUGGUAUUCCCCUUCAAGAAGACUUUCUUCUUCAAUGGCAUUCUACUCAAGCAUGAAUCAGAUCACGCCAUGCCUGUACCUCGGCAAUGCUAAUGCAGCCAGUAGUCGCAGACUGCUAGCAGCCAAAGGGAUCAACUGUGUAAUCAAUGCAUCACUGGAGGUGCCAAAUCCCAUCUUACCUAAUGUAGACUAUUUUCGAGUGCUGGUUGCUGACCUCCCUCAUGCCCACCUCUCUGAAUACUUUGAUAGUGUGGCAGACCGCAUUCAUCAAGUAGAAAAACGUAAUGGACGAACUUUGGUACAUUGUGUAGCAGGUGUGAGUCGGUCUGCUGCCCUUUGCAUUGCCUAUCUUAUGAAAUAUGAGCAGAUGACCUUACGGGAGGCCCAUCACUGGGUGAAAUCACGUCGUCCCAUCAUCCGUCCCAAUGUGGGCUUCUGGCGUCAACUUAUGGAGUAUGAGCGCCGGCUGUUUGGGAAGAACAGUGUCAGGAUGUCUAGCUCUUCUUUAGGAAUGGUGCCAUAUGCCUGUGACAAAUCACCCUAUAGCCACUGUUUAGUCUCAUCUUAGAAAAACACAUGAGCACAGAUAACAGCAUAUAUUGAAAGGGCACCUGCCAAGCUACCACAAUGACUUCCUAGUCAACCAGUCUUUCCCAGUACUGUGGACUUCAACACCUACCUUUGUUUGUUUAAUCCUUAUUUCAUAAUACUUGGUUUUGUAACUGCAGUAGUUUCUUCUAGUUAAGUCAUACAAAAGUAAUAGUUAUAGGACAAUAGUUUUAUUACUUUUUGUUUUUGAAGUAAUGUUUUCUUCUCGGUGUUCUUCUUAUAUGACCCCAAAUAAUAUUAAGAAUUGUGAUGCACAGUAACUGUGUUGGAUUUUUUCCAGCCAUUACAUCAUAAAUAUUUAUCCUUAUCCAGUUGUGGGUCACAAGUUAUUGCCAGGUAAAGGGGGCUUGCCUUGAUGGCAGUAACAUUGCUUCAGAGAAGAGCAGAGUGCAUAGUGAUGUACUGAUAAGAACUGAGGUAUUUUGGUAAAAAUAUGAUUUACAGGACUGGAAAACUAUUUCUGAAAUGUUUGAAAAUUACUAUCAGUUCAAUGGAUCAUAUUAGUUGUCUACACAUUUACAAAAAAAUGGCAGUUGGAGAUGUAAAGAAAGUAGUAAUACUUGUUAGGUACUGUGGUUUAUGCAUUUUUUUCUGACACGCAAUCCCUACAUAAAGAUCCUACAGAAAAUGUGCCAAAAUUAAGCAUUUAUUCCUUCCACUUUCAUUUGACCAGCUUGUUAAAGACACAUGUGAGCUGCUGAUGUGAUUGUGAAACACACCACUUGUGCUGUCCAGCCAUGUUUUAACAGAUAUCCCCUUUUAAAUACUCUUACACUUCCUUCCAGUUAUCAUACCUACAACCAGUUAAAGGUAUCCCUGUAACUGGGCCUGUUUGUAGAUCUCAGUAAGGACCUCCACACUUAUUUAAUCAUUUAGAAGAAUCACUGGCCUUAGGGAGAGGGGUACAUUACAUCCCCAUGGAAAAAAAAAUAUUUUUUUUGUCUUGGUAUAGGAAAACAGCAGUCAUACUAGACUACAAUACAUGCCACAUUUUUCAAGAUGGCCACUGUACACCGCAUAGUAUGUUCAGCUGUGAGUGAAAUGAAAAGUGUAAUGUAUGCCAGAGUGGGGGAUACUUUUCAUGGCAAAUGAUCUGUAUUAAAAUUUAAAAAAAAAUCUACUUACCCAAUUAUCCCCUCACAAUCUUUGCAGUAGCACUGCAUAUGUCUGACACUCCACUUACUUAUUUUUUCCUUUGCAUUAUUUUGUCCCUGCACAGUACGCAGCAACCAUAUAUACAGCUCUAUAUUUGUCUAUUUAUGCAUAUAAGUGUGUGUCUGUGUGUUUGUAAUACACACACACACACACACACACACACACACACACACACACACACACACACACACACACACACACAAUUGUAUAUGGAUUUAUAUAACUAAACUGAACAAAAGUACAGUGAACCUGAAUCGGUGACUCCUGGUCCAGUGAAACUCAGGAAAGGGCUUUAACAUGAGUCCUGCAGAAGACAAGUUCAGCAUUAUCCCAUUACCAUGUUCUCCAGUGAGUUUCACUGCAUCAGGAGUGAAGCAGUGGAUUCAUCAAACAAUGUUUUGAUGCAUAGGGGCUUGACAAUAUUGGGUAUUCCCAUACACACACACACACACACACACACACACACACACAC